AUGGGGGACAACACCAGCCCCAUCAGCGUGAUUCUGGUGAGCUCGGGGAGCCGGGGCAAUAAGCUGCUGUUCAGGUACCCUUUCCAGAGGAGCCAGGAGCACCCGGCGUCCCAGACGAGUAAGCCUCGUAGCAGAUACGCUGUCAACAGCACCGGAGAGCAUGCCGAAGACCAGGAUGGGGACCCCAGGUUUUCAGAUGUCAUUCUGGCAACAAUUUUGGCAACCAAGUCUGAAAUGUGUGGCCAGAAGUUUGAAUUGAAGAUCGAUAACGUGCGGUUUGUUGGGCACCCGACGCUGCUGCAGCACACGCUGGGCCAGGUCUCCAAAACCGACCCGUCCCCAAAGAGGGAGGCUCCCACCAUGAUUCUUUUCAAUGUGGUGUUUGCACUGAGGGCCCAUGCGGACCCGUCAGUGAUCAGCUGUCUGCACACCCUCUCCCGCCGCAUCGCCACCGUGCUACAACACGAGGAGCGCCGCUGCCAGUACCUCACGCGGGAGGCCAAGCUGAUCCUGGCGCUGCAGGACGAGGUGUCCGCCAUGGCUGACGCAAAUGACGGGCCUCAGUCCCCAUUCCAUCACAUCCUGCCCAAGUGCAAGCUGGCCAGGGACCUCAAGGACGCUUACGACAGCUUGUGCACAUCUGGCGUGGUGCGGCUCCAUGUCAACAGCUGGCUGGAGGUGAGCUUCUGCCUGCCCCACAAGAUCCACUAUGCGGCCAGCAGCCUCAUCCCGCCAGAGGCCAUCGAGCGCAGCCUGAAGGCCAUCCGCCCGUACCACGCCCUGCUGCUGCUCAGUGAUGAGAAGUCCCUGCUGGGCGAGCUCCCCCUUGACUGCUCCCCGGCCCUGGUGCGCGUGAUCAAGACCACGUCCGCUGUGAAGAACCUGCAGCAGCUGGCCCAGGAUGCAGACCUGGCUUUGCUGCAGGUUUUCCAGCUUGCAGCCCACCUGGUGUACUGGGGCAAGGCCAUCGUCAUCUACCCGCUGUGCGAGAACAAUGUCUACAUGCUGUCUCCCAACGCCAGCGUGUGUCUGUAUUCCCCGCUCGCCGAGCAGUUCUCACGCCAAUUUCCAUCUCACGACCUGCCAUCUGUCCUUGCAAAGUUCUCCUUGCCUGUCUCCUUGUCAGAAUUCAGGAACCCCCUGGCCCCCCCUGUGCAGGAGACGCAGCUCGUCCAGAUGGUGGUGUGGCUGCUGCAGCGCCGGCUCCUUGUGCAGCUGCACACCUACGUCUGCCUGAUGGCUGCGCCCAGCGAGGACGAGCCCCGCCCCCGUGAGGACGACGCGCCCCUGGCCGCCAGGGUGGGCGGCCGCAGCCUCAGCACGCCCAACGCCCUCAGCUUUGGAUCCCCAACCAGCAGCGACGACAUGACCCUCACUAGCCCCAGCAUGGACAACUCCAGCGCUGAGCUGCUCCCCAGCGGGGACUCGCCACUGAACAGGAGGAUGACGGAGAGCCUGCUGGCCAGCCUGUCCGAGCACGAGCGGGCCGCCAUCCUCAGCGUGCCCGCGGCCCAGAACCCGGAGGACCUCCGCAUGUUUGCCAGGCUCCUGCACUACUUCCGUGGCCGCCACCACCUGGAGGAGAUCAUGUACAACGAGAACACGCGGCGCUCGCAGCUGCUGGCGCUCGUGGACAAGUUCCGCAGCGUGCUGGUGGUGACCACCCACGAGGACCCGGUCAUCGCCGUCUUCCAGGCCCUGCUCACGUGA